AUGACAAAAUUGGGAGAAAAGGCGGGUGCGAAAUUAGCCAAAGACGAAACAUUCAGGAAGAAAGUAAAUGCAGUGGUGUGGAACGAAUCUCUAGGGCGUGAAGAUUUUGAGACAAACUGGCACGCAGUAAUGGUAGAGUACGGCCUAGGAAACAACAGUUGGUUCACACAACUGUUUGACGGGAGAAAGAAUUGGAUAGAGGCAUACUUCAGCGACGUUUUCAUGGGUGGACUUAUGCGAACAACAUCAAGGUCCGAGGGCGAAAACAGUAUAUUUGGAGCAUGUAUCAAUAAGGGUGGAACACUAUUAGAGUUCUUCACACAAUUUGAAAGUGUGAUUGAAACGCAACGUCACAAGCAAUCACAAUUAAUUGCAGAGUCUGAAGCCUCAUUCCCACCUACAAAGACACCACUAAUGAUUGAGAAGCACGCAGCAUCCAUAUACACAAUUACGAUGUUUUACGAUGUCCAAACAGAGAUACACGAAGGGUGCUUCUCAUGCAAGAUCACAAACAAAGACCAUGAAGGAGAUAAGUAUGUGUACACAAUAAAGGAAGAGCAAACAAGGAAUUUUAUAGUGAAAUAUGAAAGAGCAAACAAUGAAGUCGAGUGUUCAUGUGGCAAGUUCACCAAGUUGGGGAUUUUAUGCAGGCAUGCAUUUGUAGUUUUAAAGGAUGAGGAUGCAGAAACGAUACCACUAAAGUACAUAGUUCCAAAGUGGACCAAAAAUGCAAGGGCACACAACACAAGCUCAGUCGGCACAGACCAAAGUGCAACAUGCAAUAAAGAAGCAGAUGGCGUGAAACUAGCAGCACAACUGUGGAAAGAAUUCUACAACUGCAUGGCACUAUCAAAGGGGGACAUGCCAGAGAUGAAAGAAAUGUUGAACUUUAUGCUGGAACACAAAGGUAAACUGUUAAAGAGCAAAGGGAAGACACAGAAUAAAAGCAACAACAGUCAGUUACUGGAGACCUUUUAUGGCACACCUGCAAGCACUACCAUAACAGUGAAGCCACCACAGAUAUCAAAGAACAAAGGAAGCGGGAAGCGUUUAAAGAGUGCACGCGAAAAAGCAAUAGAAAAGAAGAAGAAAGAUGGGCGGAAGUGUCAUUAUUGUGAUGAACAACCAGCCCGACAUGACUUCCGUAAUUGUCCCCUCAACCCAAACAAAAAGAAGAAGCAAAAUAAGAAACUGAAGGCAUUAGGUAUAGAGAAGAUCAAAAAGCAAGGCUACAUUGAAAAUAACUCUGAUUUUAAAUCUCACAUACAAUUCCGUUAA